AUGAGCUUAUACCAGUAAUGCAAUAAAUUUGGAAUCGAAUAAAUGGCUCAUAUAGCCAAUUCAAGGAAUCAAGUUUAAUUACGGAACCUAAUUGACUUUGAACGGAUAAAAAACUAUUGGAACCUCAACAGUAUCUUAUUCAUUUACAAAAUGUAAUAAUUAUAUAUUAAAAUGAAAGGGGGUCCUUAUGAUUAAUCUGAAUUCACAGUUUAGGAUUUAUGGAUGUCCUAUUAAUUAAUAAAAAAUUAUGCAUUAGAAUGCUUUACUUUAAGAAUCAGUUAAAAGUUAGAUAGAUCAUAAAGUAAUAGACCUAGAUUUUUAGUGUAAAUACUGUAGACAAAUUAAAUAUAUAAUACUGUUGGAGAAUAUUCCACUAAAGUCUAUAAACCUAUUUAGAAUAUCAAUUUUGUUAUUGAAAUUAAUUGUAUUACAGGAAAACGAGUAAUAUCUAAAUUUAAUAAAUGUAAUUCUUGCUCUUCAUUUGGGAAGAAUUAUCAAUUUAAUCAUUAUUGUCACUCUCAAAUUAAUUUAAUAAGUUAUUUUCCCAAAUUCGCUUAAAUAUAAUCUGUUAAUCAAGAAUUUAAAAUAAUUAUAACAUCCAACAAUUGUUUAGUGA